GGCAUGCACCUGGAGAGAAACCGCCCCGCCAAGCCGGCCAAGGGCUUAACCAGAGACGCAGCAGGAUGCGGAACGAUGCUCUAACGACAGUGAUAUAGCAGCAGAGCACCGGGUGGAUAUCAGAGCUGCAGCAUGGGCGUGGGAAAGAGGCGCAAUGACAGCGAUGUGAUUCCAUAGACAUAAGAAAAGUGGGUGGGGGGAACCCGAGUUACGUUUGGAGUUGUGCAUUUUAAUGCUUCGAUUUGGUUGCUCUAUCUGAAAUUCAUCAGACACAAUACUUUGUUUCACCUCCCGGUCUACCUUCACCGGAGUUUAAAGGGAUGGAGAAAAGCGCACAGCAGCAGCCCAAAAGCGCAGAGAGACCAGCAGAGGACAUCUCCAAAAUACCCGACGAAGAGCUGCUGAAGUGGGGUAAAGAGGAGCUGGUGAGGCGGCUGCGGAGGGCAGAAGCAGAAAAAAGGGGCGCCAUCGUGGAGCACGGCAAUCUGAUGCGGGAGGUGAACCGGAGACUCCAACAACACCUGAACGAGAUACGGAGUUUGAAGGACGUGAACCAGAAACUGCAGGAGGACAACCAGGAGCUGCGGGACCUGUGCUGCUUCCUGGAUGACGACCGGCAGAAAGGGAAGCGGGUGUCGCGGGAAUGGCAGCGAUUGGGCCGCUACAGCGCUGGCCUGAUGAGGAAGGAAGUUGCUAUCUAUUUGCAGAAGCUUAAGGAGCUGGAGCAGCGACAGAUGGAGGUGAUCCGGGAGAACCUGGAGCUCAAGGAGGUGUGCCUCAUGUUAGAAGAGGAAAGGGCCACAGUUGUGGCUGGAAGCACAGUGGGAACUGCUGGUGGUCAGGGAGGCCCUGGCUGCAGGAGCUCCAUUGACAGUCAAAGCAGUCUGUCUCAGCUGGGCAGUGGCAUGCCUACACCAGGCCUGUGGCGGGAUGUUGGUGAUGGAAGCAGCACCUCCAGCACGGGGAGCACAGACAGCCCAGAUAACCCUCACCAUAAACCCUCCCCUCUUGGCUCCAAUUCAAGCCCUGGAUCUGGCUCAAGAUGCAGCUCUUCAGGACAAAAGAGAGAUGUUUGUGAAUUCAGUGGGAGGAGGCGUAGCUCCACCACGGAGUACCACACCUUUCCCCAGUCCUGCCGGCCCCGUGGAGGGUCCCUCACCAACCUAGAGCCUCACAGCUUUCGAGGACACAGCCCAGAGAAACACAGCAAGUCUCCUAGCAGGCUACCUUGUGACUCCCACUCCAAACCCUGCAGCUCUGACCUACUAGCCCAGAAACAGCUACUGAUGUCAGGACAGGCAUGUCCAGGCAGUGGCAAGGGCUCAGCUAAGUCCAGCCCAGAUCUGAGUCAGCGACACCGACAGGUAAACUCAGCAGGGGCUGGGAGUCCUGAAGCCAAGCAGGUAGCAAUGGGCACACCUGAGCACCUGAGAAAAGGGCACGUCAUUGUGGGAAGUCCAGAGUCUAUACGGCACCACUAUCACUAUCAUCAGAGCCCAGGGGUGGAGCACAGCAAGGGGAAGUAUAGUAGUGGCUCCCCUGGCAGGGAUGGGGGUCACAGGAGACCAGCGGGUGAAGAGAUGACCCCCCACCACCAGAGUCUGUACAACGCUCUGAUAUCUGCUGGCUGCUGCACCAACUCAUGUAGGAGUGUCAAACUUUGGGACAGCUUUGAUGCUUCCUGACCAUGACACGCCUCUUGAUGAGAUGCUGCUGUGACAACACGCACCCCAGAGAGAGCAGAAGGGACAAGAGGAUCGAUACAUAACCGGUCGCAUAAAUGAUCAGGCCAAUCAAAACUUCGCAGUGAACAGCGACAACAAACACAAAUAAAUACUUCCUCUGCCUUUUCUGCUGUUGCUGCUACUGAUGCUGCUAUGCAUUUACUGAGGACCACCAGAAAAGACGAAUGUCAUUGUUCAGAUGGGCGAAGAUUUGUCCCUGCAUUGCCAAAAGGAACAGAAGAAAACAAAACAACUGAGAAUCUGCGGUUGCCAAUUAUAAAGCCCUACCUCUUUGGAAAGACAGAGCCCUUAUGGAUAAAAUAAGUUAUAUAUGAAGAGUAGUUGUUCCUGGUAACAGUCAAGGAUACAUUCCUGUCUCUUCACUUUCACACCUGUGAGCAUUUGAAAUUAAAAUGUGUGAAAACGCAGUUUUAGGUAAUGGUAACUACUUUUAGAAAGUAAUUGUGGAUCUGGAAUUGAAGCACAAAAAGUUUACUUUAUCCUCUCAACAUCUGUUAGAUUACCAGUGACAAGUUUGCGGUUAGUAUUAGGUUCAUGUCUACUCUUUGAAAUUGAAAAUCUUAAAACCGU